AUAAUGGAACGGUUCUAGUCGCUGCACACUUCGAGCCCACUCGUCGAACGGUGAACUGCGCCAGUGGUUGAACAAGUUCGCAAGUCAUAGUGCAUUCACGUAAACGAGAAAAUGGCGUUCUACAGAAUUGCUCUGCUGCUCACAGUAAUAACCACUUUGGCCGCAGCGCAACGGCCCUUCUACGCUGGACUCAAACCCAUUGGCUACCCUCAGCUUGAAUCGGACCUCCUAACCAACAGAUUUGGGAGCGACGAACCUGGCCCAAUAGAGUUCCAGGGAGACCCGAAUUACAGAAACAGAAUUCAGCAACUACCACAAGACAAGCAGCCUUUCUGGUAUCUCAACUGGCAACAGUAUGAUGAUCUUAGGAAGAAUCCGCAAACGUACCCUCAGCGGCCCAGUGUGUUCAGCAAUAGUAUUACUAAGUAGAUGAGAGCUCAUGGACAUCGGUCUGAUAACCAGAGUUGAACAGUCGUAGUCGAAAUCGACCAGGCGGGCGAUUAUUUUUGCAAUUUUAUCACUUAUACACUUGGAUAAGACACCUGUCACUCUCACACUGACAUACUUGCAAGACCGUGACGGAUGCUUUAUUCACGUAGAUAAGUCAUUAAAUUGCAAGCAUCAUAGGCCCGCAGGACUACUAUGAUUAAUAGUAAAUGUAUUUUAAAUUGAGAGAAAAUUUAAAAACUUGUAGUCAGUCGGAAUAAAUGGAUCUGAUUAUUGGAAUGGGAAUACGAUCGAGAAGCGAUUUACGUAAAUUGGCUGGGAUUUCUUGGCUCCUAAGAUCUGAAAUAAAAGAAAGUGUAGUUUUAAGCUGCAGAUGGUGUUGUAACUUUGCAUUUUUAUUAGGUGCUUUAUAGUCACGAUUUACGUGCCAUCGCCAUGCUAUGGUGCAAUAAAAAAUUGUAAGGACUCUUUAUUUAAACAGUGUUAUUUAUUUUGUACAAAAGAUUUGGUUUUACGCAAAAGUGUUUGCAUAAAACGAAUAUUUUUAUUUUAGUAAAUUUAUUAGUAUUAAAGGGUAAAGUAAAAUUAUAAAUAACCUAUUUGAGUGCUUAUCUACAGUAGAAGUAGAAAAAUCUCUUGAUCAUUUUGUUAUUUCAUAUGUUUUUCUUUGUUUGAAUUAAAUAUCAGUUUUAUCAAAAUA